AUGAAGACCGUGCCGAAAGAAAAGAAGGAGAGGAAAACAGCAAAACUGAAGGACAAGGUGGACAAAAAGAAAAAGGGCGAUGAGGAGAAGCCAAAAGCAAAGCCCGAUGGUGAAACGGUCUCCGAAGAGAAAGCGCUUGCCAAGAAACUGAAGAAAGAGAAGAAACAGAGGAGAAAGCUGAGGAAAAAGAAUCAGGCGGCUGUCGCAGAAGGGGAGAUUUUGGCACCGAUUGCAGAGAAGGUCGAGUUCGAUGCAAAUGACGAGGCGUCCUUCGAAGAUUUCGAAUUAUCCGAAUUGUUGCUCAAGAUAGUUUGUGAUCUCGGUUGGGAGAAGCCUACGCAAGUUCAAGAAUCGGUCAUCCCGCUGGCAUUAGAGCAUAAAAACUUGAUGGUACGUGCGCGAACGGGAAGUGGAAAAACGGCUGCGUUUGUAUUGCCUAUCCUCCAGCAAUUGAUCACGUACACCUCAGGAUCCACCGACUUGCAACCAGGCCCAUACGCGCUCUUCAUUGCGCCAACAAAGGAGUUAAGCUCUCAAAUCUACACAUUGUUGACGACGUUUAUCCGCGCGUAUCCGUAUCUGCGAUGCAUUCAUCUGACCGAGAUUAGCGAGACCGAGAAAGGCGUCUGGGAGAAUGACCAGCCUGAAUUGGUAGUCACAACACCCGGAAAGCUGAAGACAAUGCUUGACAUCCGCAAGGACUACUGCCUCAACGUUCGUCACUUGGUGCUCGACGAGGCGGAUCUACUCCUGUCGUACGGAUAUGAGGCGGAGAUGAAAUUCAUCCGCUCUUGCCUCGCAUCGAAAUAUCAGACAAUUAUGACUUCCGCCACGCUAUCCGAUGACAUGACGAGCUUGAAGACCAUUUUCAUCACUGGCCCAGUCCUGACGAUUAAAUUGAAGGAAGGUGAUCUGCCAGAUGCAAACCAGCUCACCCAAUAUCAUUUAUUCGUUGAAAAUGAUGAAGAACGCUUUGCAAUCCUCCUCUCCAUGUUCAAGCUGAAGCUCAUUGUCGGCAAGACGAUCAUCUUUGUCGCGAACCCGGAUCGUUGCUACCAGAUGAACCUCUUCCUAAACGCGUUCAAGCUGAACUCUGGGAUUCUGAAUUCGGCGAUGCCGGCAAAUUCGAGAUGUCUCGUCAUCCAGCAAUUCAACCAGGGACUAUUUCCGGUGAUUGUGGCAUCGGAUGCGGCGCAUUUGAUCGGAGAUGAGGAGAAGACCGAUGAGGCGCCGGCGACGGGCAAGCGUCCAAAGCGGAAGUUGGACAAGGAGGCGGGUGUGGCACGUGGUAUCGACUUCCACCACGUUUCGAACGUGAUCAAUUUCGACUUUCCGAAGACGCUGGAGGGGUACAUCCACCGUGUCGGAAGAACGGCCCGCGGAUGGAAUAAGGGGACAGCUUUGUCAUUUUGUACGCCCAGAGAGCGAGCUUAUUUGGACACGAUCAAGGAUCAGGUGACCGAAAUGAUGGGAAAGCCAGUGAUGCAUCAGUACGACAUCCGCCUCACCGAAAUCGAAUCGUUUCAAUUGAGAGCCAGGGAAGCGCUAGCCUCGUGCACGAAGGGCGUUAUUCGAGAAGCACGACUGGCCGAGAUUCGUGAGGAGGCGUUGCGAUCAGCGAAGUUGAAGUCCUACUUUGCUGCGAAUCCCCGCGAGCGCGAUGUGCUGGCAUCGGACAAGAAAUUGCACACACUGAAGCUGACCUGCCCGGCGAUGGGUGACGUGCCGGAUUACAUUGUCCCGAAAGCGCUGCGUGGCAAUGAUUAUACGUCGGACCAAAAGAAGCGUCACCGGCAUCGUGUUAGCCAGGGCAAAAAGCAUGCGAUGCGCAACAAGAAGGACCCGCUGAAAUCGUUUAAGGUC